GGGCUAUCGAACUUGAAUUCCAAUUUAAGUUCGUGUUGUUUGGUCUGAUUAGGGAAUGCUGGGGAGGUUGCAAUAAUUGAUGGCAAAACGUUUGUGAAACAGAAAGCUUUUUCAUAGGCAACUCAGUGAGUAAACGAUAAAAACUAGCGAGUUUCGCCGAAAAGAUCCAGCCAGUGCGCGAAAAAAAAAAAACACUCAACGAGUACGCGGAAAAAAAAAAACUUGGUGAGUACGCGAACAAUUCGCGCGAAAUGAAUCAGCAGGAUCAGCAGGAACCUCAGUAUUCAGAAGCCCCGAUAUUGGGAGCACACGUACAUCCAACAUCCACGUGUACCGACUCCACACCAGAUUCCCCUGGAGACGGCGGAUCGAAAGGGUCCUUAAACCGAAACGACAUCGUGAAAGCUCUGGAGGUGGUGGAGAGGGACUCUGUGGCCAUUGCUGAGAGCUUCUCUUCCCUCUUCGCUUCUCUCCGCUUGGCACUCUCCGAGAUUAGCAAUACCUCCGUGGAUCAUAUGCAAUGCUUUAGCGAUGCUGCAGGCCGUCUUCAGGAAUCAGUACUCGAUGCGGCAACAAAGGGCAACCGAUACAUAAAUUCAUGUCUCAGAUUAAACGAGGAAAUGAAAGGCAUUGACAGUCUAGCUGCACAACUAAAAAUGCUGAGGAGGAAUGUAGAUGCUCUAGACACAGCUGUAAACCGGCUUGUCCGUUUUCCAUGAUGUUAACCUGCUCAGCUAAUCAGUUAUAUCAAUAACAUGAAGUAUUCUUUUUAAUUUCCUUGGUAUAUGUCUUGCGAUGGCUGUGUUAAAACUUGUAAUGUUUAAAGAUUGCAUAGCCACAUUGGAAAUGCACUGAAACAUUGUGAUUUAUGAGCAUCUUAGUAAAUGCAUUUACAUUUGCAGUGCAUUGGUUCAAUAGAAAAUGGAAAAUUAUAGCCCACAAA